AGAUAAACGAGUGUUUACGGUAUAUCACCGGUGCUACCUCGUCAGUCAGGUGUCAGGAACCAACCAGCCAUCAGCAAUUCAAACGCUCCAACAGUAACUUAACACGCUGCAAAAUUAGCGUGGUUAGUGCAUUUUGUAGCCAUGUCUUUCGAACUCGCUUUUGGUUCUCGUGUUGCCUCCAUUAUGGAAACUUUGACAGAAAAAGCCGUGCAAGACAUCUGUCAACUUAUGGGAGAAACUUAUGCUGCUCUAAGAGUGGAAAUGUUGCAUGAACAAAACCAAAGAUCGAUAAAGUUACAGGCGAUUGAGAAUAACAUCGGGAAGGAGAAGCCAGCGAACUGCAUGGAGAUAAUUCAAAAACCAGGUGUGUCAUAGCUAGCUAGGUUGGUUAUGCGUAUAGGCUGUGUCUGUAGGAAGCGUGCCUACAAUUAGCUAGCUAGCCAUGUCACUUACUUGAAGCCUACAGUAACUAACGUUACACAUCUCCCGGUCGAAAAGGAUAUCUAAUAGUCGACUGGGGGACGCUCCAAGUCUGGACACUUCCCCAACAGGUUUGAGAAACUUCCCAGUCGUGGAGCAAAUCCUCAAUGAACAAGAGGCCAAUGGUCUUUGGCUAGAAGGUGACCCUACUGUGGAAGAUGAAGGUCCACAGUCACUGGUACCAGAGGAAGAACAGCCAUCACGGGCUUUUGGUCAGAUGACAGACGAGGGGGUGGAGACAUGGCCUGCACCACCUGUCAUUAAACAGGAGGAAAUGGAUGAUGAUGACAUGGAGUGUCAAGGUUUGAGAAACUUCCCAGUCCUUGAUCAAAUCUGCAAUGAACAAGAGGCCAAUGGUAUUUGGCAAGAACGUGAUCCUACUGAGGAAGAUAAAAGUCUGCCAUCACUGGUACCAGAGGGAGAAGAGCAAUCACGGGCUCUUAGUAGGACAACAGACAUGGGGACUGAGACAUUGCCAGUACCACUGGUCAUAAAACAGGAGGAUGAUGACAUGGAGUCUCAAGGUUAUGGCGAGUGGAUUCCAGAGACUCACAAAGCCAACCAGAAUAUCAGAGGAGAAAGUGAUGAGGACGAGAGAAGUCCAGCCUCUGCGGGAUCCAAAGAACUUGGACUCAACGACUUCAAGAGAGAACAGAAUCCGUUGCUGGUGUCACCUGAGGAUGCUGCAGCACCCAAAAAAAAGAAAUAUAAUGGGAAAAUUAAGACCAAGAAAGGCACAAUGAUAAAUCACAUGAUAAAGCACACAGGGUUGCCCUUUAGCUGUGAUAUCUGUGGUGAGAAAUUCGAGCAUCGAGACUUCUUGACCAGACACAAGCGCUCUAAUCACUACACAGGGAUCAUCUACAGCUGCUCUGUAUGCGAAAAAACCUUCCGGAUGGCCGGAUCUCGCGACACGCACGAGCGUGGUCACACUGGAAAAAACUAUUGGUGCUCAGAUUGUGGCGAGACGUUCAAGGAGCGCCAGGAACGCGACACACAUGAGUGUAUUGUUUACAAGGGAGAACGGCCCUUCAGCUGCUCCGAGUGCAACAAGGACUUUCAAAGACAGUACCAUCUCAAACAACACCAGCUGGAAAAACACCCUCUAAUGGUGGACCAGACUGUCCACCGUAAACCCAGAUGCUCUGUGUGUGGAAAAGUGUUCGCGGAGAUCAGAUGGUUAAUCAGGCAUGAGCGCACUCACAGGGGAAAAAAUCAGCGCAGGGAUCGUGACCCACACGAGUCCAUUGUUGAGGAUCCUAUCAACGAACAGCUUGAGUCAAAGGACCUAGAGGGUCAGUUGGAGUCAGUUGAGAGUUCUGAGGCACCCAUAAAGAGUGAAAUGAUACGCUACACUUGUGAAAUAUGUGGAACAACUUGGGCGACUAAAAGUAGCAUGCGCCGUCACAUGGUAAUACACAAAAAGAAGCACUAUACCUGCGAUGUCUGUGGCAAGGUAUUUAGGCUCAAAUCCAUGUUCACAACACAUCAGCUCAGACACAAGGGAUUUAAAAGUCAGUACCAGCUUGAAAAACACCCUCAAGGUGGAGCAGCCAUGUUCUGAUCAUGAUACUGCCAUGGUAGCUCAGGGAGCACAGCCUUCUACCUAUAGUGACUUAAAGACAGAUAUGAGUACCCUCGGUGGUUCAAGUUCAGGUCCCACAGACUAAGUUGAACAACCACAGUAACAAUGUCAAAAAGUACAUGUUCCUAUAGAAGUCGAGGAAGCACAGCCUACGCCUGCCUGAAAAUGGCUGCUCCCUUUUUGUCCCUGCUGAAGAUGACAAGUUAAAUGGCUUCAACUGAAUGAAGUUGUUUUGUUAAGUACAAAAUGUUUACACAUGAAUAAAGGGCCAAUGGAGAGUGGGGAAAUAGUGUGUAGAACAGCUACGGGUCUGGAAUUAGACGGGACUAGACUGGCAGGGGAUUAUAUAUGCGCAGAGGGUGGUGGGCUUCACUGCACAUGGUUCGUGUAUAACAUCGACGGGACUGGGAUUUGAUGGGACUGGCAAGGGAUCCAGGCUGCAUCACAUCCGGCCGUGAUUGGGAAGUAUGGGCGGCGCACAAUUGGCCCAGCGUCAUCCGGGUUUGGCCGGAGUAGACAGUCAUUGUAAAUAAGAAUUUGUUCUUAACUGACUUGCCUAGUUAACUAUAUUUUAUGCGCAGAGGCAGGUGGCUUUCACUAUAUAUAUUUCCUCAGGUACCUGGAUGAUUUAAAACACUUUUUUUUCUUCUAAUCCUCAUGUUAAUUUAUUUUAGGUUUCUUGCUACCGUGCAGCAUCGAGUUGACAGUAUUUUUCUUUCAGCCUAUAUUCUGUUGCUUUGGCAACAUUUGGAUGUUCUCUUUCAUGCCAAGUAAACGUAUUUGAAUCUGGAGAGAAGGGUGUCAUUGCGGCCUGUAAUUCAUGGUGUUCCUGCAUGUUGGCGUGCUUGCAUCUUCAGUUAGGACUCUGGUUAACAGGCCGGAGGCGACACUGGUAGCUAGCUUGGUCACUGCUAGACAGUGUCCUGUGUUUCCACCGCAUUCUGUUUGUGUUACGGCGCUAGCUAGAACUCCGGUACACA